AUGGCUGAGAAAGAAACAGCAAAUCUUACGAAGUUAGAUGGAAAGAAUUAUCAAAUGUGGAAAUUUGGUAUCUCAUACCUGCUCGACUCAAAAGAGCUAUCAGAUUAUAUCGAUGGAACUGAUGUUGAACCAGAUAAAGUUACCAAGCUGGUAGACUGGAAAAUAUGGAAGAAAAGUAGAGCACAAGCAAUGGUAUUGUUGUUGAGUUCAGUCGAUCACGUCCUGCAUCCGAACUUGAUCAAUUGUGAAAGUCCCAAAGCUGUAUGGGACAAGUUGAAAGCUUUGUACGGAGAAACAAACGAAGAUGAGAUUACGAGUGCCUGGCAACGAUAUUAUGCCUAUAAUAUUGUUGACAGUGAACCAAUAAAUACUCAAAUUGAAAAAUUUGAAAGCCUUCACAAGACGCUUACAGAUUCUGGUGAGAAGUUAUCAGAAAAAUCUAUUAUUUCGAAAUUAUUGAGUAGUCUUACGCCAAGAUUCUCAGCUUUUCGAAUGGCAUGGGAGUGCACAGCUAAAGAUGAGCAAAGACUUACGAAUCUCACCGCAAGAUUGAUUCGUGAAGAUAAGCGUUUAAAAGAUUCAGAAGAAAGUGAAAUGAUGUCGGCGUUACAAGUCAAUGUAAUGAAGAAGCAGUUCCAGCAAAUGAAAAUGAGACAAGAAACACAUCAAGAAAGACAAGAGAGACUCAACAAAGUGCGUGAAUUGAAGAAAAGGACACGAUGUCAUAAGUGUGGCAAAAUUGGACAUUGGAAAAGAGAAUGCACCGAACAGGCUGAAAAUGAUGAACAUCAAGAAGUCAUAGGUCGUGAAUCCCAAACUUAUAUUUGUGAAGUAUCGGCGUUGAAUACAGAAGACUAUAUUCAAGAAAAAGACAUCUGGAUUGCAGAUUCAGGGGCUAGCAUGCACAUGACGUGGAGAAGAGAAAUUUUUCAAAAUUUUAAUCCUUCUGAAACCAUAAAACAUGUAAAAAUCGCAGAUGACAAACUUCUUCCAAUAUCUGGGACUGGAGUUGUAAAUAUUCUAGUAGAUCUGAAUAGAAAGGUUUAUGAUCGUACACUGUUAAAUGUUUUGCUUGUACCGGGAUUAAGAAGAAAUCUAUUUUCAGUGGGAGCCGUUAAUAAAAAAAAAUUUUCCUUUCAUGCCUACGAACAACAUUGUGAAGUGAGAGAUCAGGAUGGAGAAUUGUCAUCUGUAGGAGUAAGUUUUGGGGACUUGGGCGAGGGUCACUAUGAUGUAGGAGGAGAUGGCGAACCGGCAGUAAUAGAACAGGUAGAAGAAAGAAGAGGACUAGGACCUCAACAUGAGUUAGACGAAGAAAACCAACCAGGUGAAAUUGAAGAAGAAGAUGGAAGACAGAUACCUCAACAUGAGAUAGAAGAGGAAAACCGAGAACAGCCAAAUCAAGAAACCAUGGAUUUUGAAGCAAUCAACAAGGUUAAUCAUCUCGAGGAUUUUUCACCAACCAAGAAGCUUACUGAUUUGACUAUCAAUAAUGAAUACCGAAUUUCUGAAUUGAAGAUUGUCAAUACAAAAUUUGGACCUCGUAUUAUUGCAACUAUUGAUGAUCUUUAUGUUGUAUUUUUGCCUGCUAGAACGGCAAAAUUAUUAAAAGAUCCUGAAGAUAUAAAAAAAUUCAACGUAGCAGCACUGAAAAAAGAACUUUUUUUGUUGUAUCUUGGUGGUCAAUUUAAUAAUUUUGAAUUUUUACGUAAAAAUUUGAAUUAA